CACAUUAUAUCAUUUUCUCAUCAACCUUUCAUAGGAAUUAACCUGAUAUUUUAAGUCACUUAAAAUUAAAUCACAAACAUGAAGGCUUUCAUCUGUGUAUUGAUCUUGGCUUCAAGUGCUAAUGCUGGAAUUCUUCUUGGAGAACUUUCUGGAGGUGGUGGUGGAUACUCUUAUGAUGAAGGGCAUGAUCAUGGACAUGGAUAUGAUCAGGAACCAAGUAUUAUUAAAGUUAUCCAUGCAGAGCCUUCGGGAUAUGGUGGUCAACAGAAUUAUCAUUCUCAUCAUGAUUCAGCUCCAUCAAUCAUUGAAGUAAUUCAUGACGAGGGUUACUCAAGUGGUCAUGAUCAUGAUCAUGAUCACCAUCACCAUCAACAAAUAGAAAUUGUUCCUCAAAUUGUUAAAGUAAUUCACGAGAACCAUGGAUAUUCAGGACAAGGACACUCUGGACAUAGCUUUUCCUCAGGCCCAGCACCAGUUUUUCAACAAGUUCAAGUAAUCCACGAACAUAUUGGAGGUGAUAAUGGUGGAUUUGGACAUAGUGGUGGAUUCUCAAGUGGGGGUGGAUACUCGUAUGGAGCUGGACAUGAUCAUGGUCAUGGGGGUGUUCAAGUAGUUAAAAUCAUUAAAGUUAUUCAACAAGGUCAAGGACAUCAUCAUCAUCAUGAGAGCCAUGGAUGGGCCUAAUGUUUUGUUAGAUUUUUGAUAAAUAUUUGUUAUUAGAUUUUUAAGUUAGAAUAUAGUGAAUCAUUAUAUUUGUUUUGACUGAGUAAGUGGGUUGUUUGAAUUAUUUUUAUAUUAAAUAAGAAUCAACUUUACACAAAAAAAGGCUAAAAACGUGUUAAUUGACAGCAUCAUUGGUUCUCAAGAGAAAUACUAAUUGGAG